GGUUUUUUGUUGUUUUUGGUAAAUUUUCUCACUGAUAAGCCUUAUCAGUGUUUUUAAAAAUAAUUUUUGAAACCUAAAAUUGAGUUUUUUGGGAGAAAAAUGUCAAUUUUUGGUUUCAAAAAUUAUAAUUUAAUUACUAAAAAUCUAAAAAUCGCCCUAGCAGCGCCCACGUGGUGUCAAUCUGUCUCAUUGCGACUCAUCGCGAGAAAAUGCGGAAAAUUUUUUCAAAAAAAUCGUGACGUCACAGAGGCGAGAGUGCAAUAGAGCAGCUUUGCUGCCGAUGGCCGCAAUUUAUUUUUUCAAUAUUUUUCUGCUUUUUAUCGCAUUUUCAAUUGAAUUUCAGUAGUUUUCAGAUGAAUUUUUCGAAUUUAAUUGUGUCAUUAUGUUUAAUUCGUAUUUUACUUCAUACAAUCGACCCAAUUUUUCGUUUUUUCCGCUUAGUUUUAAGAAUUAUCGUGAGAGAACGGAUUGUUGGGCGAAUGAAGCCGUUUCAUAUAUGUUCUCGAUGAAAACGAUAAUGUUAAUAAGCUUUACAUGUACUUUUCGGUUCUAUACUUUCUCAAUCCGUCUUUUCCUUAUCUAACCAGCGUUUUUUUCAGGGUUUCGUCCGUUUCCGGGCCUCAGUGAGCGCGGGCAGAUCGGAGAGUUCGAGAUCGUCGAGAGAGAGUGAGAAGUUUAAGUAGCUCACACAGGCAACACGAUGCAUGGAAGUCGAAGAAUCACACCAAUCACAACCAGAACAACACGGCUCACCGUAUUGGAAUCACGAAGCCAAAGAUUUUCCUCUCCAUAGAAGGAAGUCGACGCCAAGUUCAUCAAGAACCUCCGCUUCGAGGUUCUCGACUUCCACAAUGUAAAAUUCCAAGACUACAACGUUCUGACCGAUCAGGAGCUGAGAGAAGGCGUCAAAAUCUUCAGCUAAUGGCCAACAAUUCCACAAGUCUAUGUGAAGGGAGAGUUCGUCGGCGGAUGUGAUAUUCUCAUUUCAAUGCACAAAGAUGGAGAGAUUUCCGACGAAUAUGGGAAACAAUAAAUGCUUUUUCAUGUUAAAAAUAAAAAUUUAGAUUUUUUUACUCGAAUAAAUCAUCCAGAUUGUAUUA